UCGUCGCUCGCUUCAGUCAACUGAGCGUGUCUCAGCUCCGCUCGCCUGUGCUGACUCGGUGAGCGUAAGAAACGCACACAGUCUGAGCUGUCGACGAAUCACGCUCGACCUCAGUGUCUCCCUUCCAUGCUGAAAGCCCCUGCACACGUUUCUGGGCGAGGAAUCCGUAGACGACCGCAGUCAGCGCGGUAUUUCUGCAGCAGAUCCAGAGAGAGGAGCCUGUUUGCAUCCCUCUGCAGGUGCAAGACAAUGGAGGUGAAAAUCGAUCAGCAAGAAGAAGACAUCACAUUCAGCAACACUGACGCUAAUGGUAAACGGCCAGCUGAAGACAUGGACGAGGAACAGGCCUUCAAACGCUCUCGCAACACAGACGAGAUGGUGGAGCUGCGUGUGCUGCUUCAGAGCAAAAAUGCUGGUGCUGUAAUCGGAAAGGGGGGAAAGAACAUAAAAGCUCUACGCACAGACUACAAUGCGAGUGUAUCUGUCCCAGACAGCAGUGGCCCAGAGCGGAUCCUGAGUGUGAACGCUAGCAUUGACACAAUCGGAGAGAUUCUGCUGAAAAUCAUUCCAACGUUAGAGGAGUACCAGCAUUACAGUGGAAUAGAUUUUGACAGUGAGCUUCGCCUGCUGAUCCAUCAAAGUUUGGCAGGGGGCAUCAUUGGGGUAAAAGGUGCAAAGAUAAAGGAGCUGAGAGAGAACACCCAGACAACCAUCAAGCUGUUCCAGGAGUGCUGUCCUCACUCCACUGACAGAGUGGUGUUGGUGGGAGGAAAACCAGAACGUGUCGUUGAAUGUAUCAAAGUUAUCCUGGAGCUGGUGUCAGAGGCUCCCAUCAAAGGUCGCACCCAACCUUAUGACCCGAAUUUCUACGAUGAGACGUACGAUUACGGCGGUUUCACCAUGUUAUUCGAGGAGAGAGGCAGACGACCCAUGGGGGGCUUCCCCAUCCGUGUGCGGGGUGGCUUCGAGCGCAUGCCCCCCCCUGUUCGCGGCAACCGACCCAUGCUCCCUUCAAGAAGGGACUACGACGACAUAAGCCCCCGUCGUGGUCCUCCGCCGCCGCUGAGCAGAGGCGGGCGAGGAGGCAGCCGAGCACGUAACCUGCCUCUCCCCCCGCCACCGCCGCCAAGAGGAGGGGGAGACCGCUUCUCACAUGGCAGCUAUCACAGCAGCCUGGACGACAGACCAAGUGACAGAAGAGGCAGAGGAGGAGACCGUUAUGACAGCAUGAGUGGAGGCGGAUAUGACAACAAUUCUUCCUGGGACCACUUUCAGUCUGGCGGUAGAGGCUCGUACAGCGAUAUUGGAGGCCCAGUCAUCACAACACAAGUCACCAUCCCAAAAGAUCUUGCUGGCUCCAUCAUCGGUAAGGGAGGCCAGAGGAUCAAGCAGAUCCGCCACGAGUCCGGUGCAUCCAUCAAGAUUGAUGAACCACUAGAGGGCUCUGAGGACCGCAUCAUCACCAUCACAGGAACACAAGACCAGAUCCAGAAUGCCCAGUACCUGCUGCAGAACAGUGUGAGGCAGUACUCUGGGCGCUUCUUCUGAGGAGGUGGAAGUAAUGGAGAAGAUUGAAGCCAUGCUGCCAAACUGUUUGCUCCCUCUAAUCAGAGCCUACAUUCCUCCGCUUUGGGUCGAUGUGCCCCCCUCCCCAACAUAUCAAAAAAAAGUACAUCUAUAAAGAGCAAUUUUCAUUCUUAAGGAGUUUUUAAAGAGAGGUCUUAAGCUGCCAAAACUCGAACAAGGAUUCAACAUCAUCUUUCUGUGCUGGUGUACUCAUUUUUUAGGACAUUCUCGUACCGAGUCAACUCAUCGGUGUGAUCACUUUUAAUGUCGUGAGCUCUGGCCCUUAUCUUCAGUAUUUCAGAUCAGCAUGCAGAAUGUAAUCGUUUUGUAAGGAACUCUGUGAUUUUACCUUCUGUUUUUUUUUUCCUUAUAGUUAAAGCACACUCUUCAAAUGAAGAUGCAUGCUCUCUGAGUGGUAAAAGUUUGGCAAGUGCAGAAGGCCAUGCUUGCAAUAUUUUUUGUUCUUGAGGUUUAGAGUUUAUUAUGUUACAACAUCAAGAUAAUGCAGCUUAUUUUCUUGUGAUAACUGGUUAGUUUACCUUUUUUUUUUUUUUUUUAAAGUUACAAGAUUUUCUGACAAAAAAUCAUAAACUGAGUUUGUCAUUUGGAGGAAGUUCUUUAACUGGAUAAAGCUUUAUUUAAAGGCAGGGUAAUAAGUUAGUGCUUUUCAUGUUGACGUAUUAAAAAUAAGCUUAUCUUCAAAACAACAACAUGGGUUUGAUUAUCUGAAGAUAACUAGUUAAUUAUAUCUAUCUUAUGUACGCUUCUUUUUCUGUGGUAAUAGGUUCAUCACCGUAACAACGCAUCACUGAAAAAUUAUUGUUGGAAUCUCAAAAAGUUUUUUGCUUCUUUAUCUUUAAAUGAAAGGCAUGUGUUUUUUUUAAUGAUGUCAGAGUAAACCACAUCAUCUCCAGAAAACAAAAGGGUCGUGUUCAGGAUUUAUCAAAAGAAAAAAAAAUAUAUUUUCUUGAGACCAAAAGUUGAAAACUCUGAAAUUUUCAACAUAGCCUGAUUUCUUUUAGUAACAAGAUAAUAAUAAUAAUUAAUAAUUUAUACUUUAUUGAUCCCGCGAGGGGAAAUUCGUUUUUACACUCUGUCUAGUUAACAUGCUACACAAACAUAGGCCGAAAUACACACACAUGCACAAACAGGAUCCUUUGGACAUGCACUAAUGGAGAGGUCUCAGAGUGAGGGGGCUGCCCACAGUGGGCGCUCCUGAGCUGGUGGGGGGGGGGGGGAUAGGUGCCUUGCUCAAGGGCACCUCGGCAGUGCUCAGGAAGUGGACUGGCACCUCUCCAGCUACCAGACCAAUUUCCGGACUUUGGUCCGUGCCGGGACUUGAACCGGUGACCCUCCGAUUCCCAACCCACAACAUUAAGGAACAGAGAUCACAAGUUAUUUCUUACUUUAUGUCAAGAUGACAGGUUUCCUUUCUGCUUGCAAUAAGGUCAUUGAACUUGUGAUCUCAA